AUGAUGUCUCUCCAUCAGAGGCAGCAGCAGCAGCAGCAGCUGCCUCUCGCCGACGCCUACCCCCUCUCCCCUCGUGCCGCCUCCUAUGGCUUCUUCCCCCAGCGAACCAUGUCCUUCUUCGGCCGCACCGGCCUCCUCGCCCUCCUCGCUCUCCUCGUCCUCCUCGGCGUCUUCCUCCCCUGGGCCGGCCCCAUGGAAGGCCUCUUCUUCUCCUCCACUAACCGAGAGCGGUCUCUAUCGCGAUGGAGGGACUACACUCUGGCCCAAGCUGCCGCCUUUGUGGCCAAGAACAGCACCGUCAUCGUCUGCGCCGUGAGCCAGCCCUACAUCCCCUUCCUUAACAAUUGGCUCAUCAGCAUCGCCCGGCAGAGGCAUCAGGACAAGGUGCUUGUCAUCGCCGAAGACUAUGCCACCCUCUACGAGGUCAACCAGAAGUGGCCCGGCCAUGCCGUUUUGAUCCCUCCCGCUCCUGAUGCCCAGACUGCUCACAAGUUUGGUUCUCAGGGUUUCUUCAAUUUUACGUCCCGCAGGCCUCGGCAUCUGCUGCAUAUUCUGGAGCUGGGUUAUAAUGUGAUGUACAAUGACGUGGAUAUGGUCUGGUUGGCGGAUCCAUUUUCUUAUCUUGAAGGGAACCAUGAUGUCUACUUCACGGAUGACAUGGCUGCUGUGAAACCUCUGAAUCACCCUCAUGAUUUGCCACCUCCUGGGAAAAAGGGGCGAACAUAUAUCUGCAGCUGCAUGAUUUUUCUUCGUCCUACAAAAGGAGCAAAGGAAGUGAUGAAGAAGUGGAUUGAUGAACUACAAGAACAGCCAUGGUCUAAGAAAAGGAAAGCAAAUGACCAACCUGCUUUCAACUGGGCUUUGAACAAAACUGCUGGCCAGGUGGAUCUUUAUCUGCUGCCCCAGGCUGCAUUUCCAUCAGGAGGUUUGUAUUUUAAAAAUGAUACAUGGGUACAAGAAACUAAAGGCAUGCAUGUCAUCAUUCAUAACAACUACAUCACUGGCUUUGAUAAGAAGAUCAAGCGGUUCCGUGAUUAUGGGCUCUGGUUGGUGGAUGACCACAGCCAUGAAUCACCACUUGGUAAAAUGUAAGCAAGCAGUGAAGAACUUUUGCUGUUUCACAAUGUCAUGGCACAAAACCGUAGCUAUGUUUUCCUCGGCUUGUUAGGUAGCAAGAGCUUACUUGUCACAUGAGAGGCCACAUUAACAAGCACACAGAUGAGAUGAAAUUGAUCAAAUUAAAUUGUUUUGCUUUACUUUUUCCUCUGUAAUUCUUAGCCAUAUUUUCUUCUGCACUUGUAAGUUAUCAUAUUAAUUGAUCAUUUUUUUUUUGGAUUCAUCAAACAUAUAAGAAAUUAGAGCUAUAUGACCCUUCUCAUGA